AUGGCACCUCAACCUACCACGGCUCUGGCCGUCGUGCUCGGCUGCAUGACCAUCGGCGACGCGGCCCAUAGUCAGUCCCGCAUCAAGAGCGAAGAAGAAGAGAAGGCCUUCCUCGACGCCUUCGCAUCCCACGGCCACACCAUGCUCGACACCGCCAUCAUGUACUCCAGCGGGUCCUGCGAGAAGCACCUGGGCAGCCUCGACCUCCCCUCGCGCGGCCUCGUCGUAGCAACCAAGAUCUAUCCCACUGCUUCCGCUUUCCCAGGCGCCCCGGUCCCACAAUACUCCCACACCCGAGAAUGCAUCCGCGCCACCCUCGCAGAAUCGCUUUCCUCCCUGCAAACCCCCUCGGUCGACCUGUACUACCUCCACGCCCCGGACCGCAACACGCCCUUCCUCGACUCCCUCCGCGCCAUCACCGAGUUGCACCAGGAGGGCAGGUUCGCCCGCUUCGGCGUCUCCAAUUAUACGGCCGCCGACAUGCGCGAGAUGCUGGCUCUGUGCGAGCAGCACAACCUGCUCAAGCCGACCGUGUACCAGGGCAUGUACAACGCGCUGCACCGCGCCGUGGAGCUCGAGCUGCUGCCACUGUUGCGCGAGCACGGCAUCGCCUUCUACGCUUACAAUCCCUUGGCUGGUGGGUAUUUGACCGACCGGUACCAGCGCGACACGAAGCUGGAGGGGUUGGAGAGGGGGAGCCGGUUCGAUCCCAGCACGUUUCAGGGUAAAGGCUACAUUGCGCGUUACUGGAACGAUGCCAUGUUCGAUGCGCUGGAGCUAUUGCGGCCCGUGGCGAAGAAGUUUGGGCUCGGCGAGGCGGAGUGUGCCCUGAGGUGGAUGAUGCACCACGGUCUGUUGGAGGCGAAGUUCGGGGACGCCGUCGUCGUUGGCGCGAGUAGCGUCGCGCAGUUGGAGGGCAAUCUGACCUUGAUGGAGAAGGGGCCGUUGCCCGAGGAGGUCCUGCGGGUGCUGGACCAGGGGUGGCAGCGCACGAAGGACGUUAAUGUCAAGUACUGGCAUUGA